CGAUCCUAGCCCGAUAUGCACUCACUGUCGUACAUAGUCUGUAGUUGUCAUCUCGAUCCUGCAUGGUAAUUUUGAAAAAGUGUCCUUCGUUAUGGAAAGCAAGUCCUCACUGGAUGCUGCUGGUGAACUCUCUGGAGUGAUCGAACAAAAUGUACCCGCCUAUGAGCAGCGCCUUGCUGCUGUGGAGCGAAAGGUAUACGGGCAUAACCAGCCACGAUCAGCAAAGCAGAAAUUUUCGUGUGCGGAACGGCUGGUCUCCAUUGAUUCUCGGAUGAAAACUGCUACAAAGGCCAAUAGAGAUAAUAUUCGGGCAGCCUGGUCUCAGUUGGAGGACCUGGAUCAUUGGAUGAAAUCAGUGCAGUCGCAGAAUCUGCCAGAGUCCGCAAAAAGUGAUGUAAUCUUGGCCCAAGAGGCAUCCAUUCUGGAAACUGCCAGUAAUCUCAGUUCUGUGAUUGAGCUGAAGAACGUGAUUAGUUCUGAGCCCUUAGCCAAUGUAGGAGAGCUAUCAGCGAAGGUGAAGCCGUUGCUUCCUGUGCAUCUGCAGCAGCUGGAGCAAUGUACAGACCUACAAGGAGGUGUUCGGCAGCUUCUGGAAGCGUAUAAUGUCAUGCUCGGUCUCCUCUCGGAUCAAUUUGUUGCACUGAAUGAAGUGGUCAGUGAACUAGAAAGCCGAAAACAAGAAAAACAAUCAUCCUAACCACGAAAUUGGACUCAACAACAUCCAGGCUUAACCAUAGCUUAUGUUGAAUUAAGGUGUACAGCGAUACACAAUUGCAGCACUGCUGAUGAUGUGAAGUUGUCCUCAGUGAAUGCCAACGAAGGAAUCACAUGGGUUAUUAGCUGUAGCUAGUUCUACACCAUGCGGCAUAGUGUAUGGAGUUCUUACAAGAGAUGUGCCUGGGCAGCUCAGGCUAGGUGCUAUCGUACACACUGACUGUACAUAACGUCUCUCAUUUUGUGAGACCCUUGUCACAUCGUGCGACCGAUCACUGCUGGUACAUCUAGUCUGCACGGUGAAAAUAUGUGCAUACUAUUAAAGUUUCUUUAUUUUCUACUUGUGUCUCUAAGUUACUAAGCUAAGCUGGUCUUCUCUGCUCCCUGAUCAUACUUAGUAUCACGUUACGAAUAUUUUUUAAGCUUUAUUCAGGAAUAAUUUGUCUAUCCUUUCACCUUCAAUAAUUAUCACGUUUCUUUUUGUACAGUGCUGACAGGAAUCCUUAUUCCUGGCAUGCAACUUGUAUAUUAGUUCUUCCCUGCUGUGGUUUUAGUCAAUAUUAUGACUGUGUGUCUUAUUUGCUGCUGCUGCUGCCUCUUAUGCUGAUCUAUUCAUUUGUAAAGGCUUGUUGAUCAAGCACUUUACCUGCUUUCAAUUGCAAAACUGUGUCGUUCAUUUUGGGACAAAUGUUGGACCACUGUAUUGUGUAUUCAGUUACAUUGUAUAAAUCUGUACAGUGCCCGACCAGGCAAGCCCGA